UGUCCGAUAAACUUGCUCAAUUACAUAGUAGUACUCGAUCAUGGCACGAAACAAUGAUUAGAUGUACGAGGGCUAGUGGCCUCCCAUCUACACUCCGACGAUCAAGUCGGUUUAUAAUGUGAAGUAUGUACGAUGCGCGUCUUCGAAUUGUUACUGUGUCGAGUCGGAUAAGGUGGAGGAGGAGGAGGAGACAUUGGGGGAAAUAAUUGGUGCCUAGAGUGAGGGAUAAGAGUCGAGAGAGGGGAGAAAAUUGGUCAAUUCGAAACACUCAAGAGCAUUUCUAUAGGGAAAAAAGAGGUGAAAAGGUUCCACAGUAAUAUUGGCUCCAUUAUUUUGGUGGAGAAUGGGAUCGAAUGGAGGUGGCAAUUUGGCAACCUGUAGCCCAAACUUGUGAGCAAAGCUAAACUCGGGUUGAUCGGAUCGGUCGAUUUCGUUGAACUAGGUAUGCAAUCGAGUUCAUACCAUCAUCAUAUUUUGGAGUAGACUGAAGUGGGUAUGAUUCAAUGGAUUGUUUAUGAGUUGUGGUGACGAUGGAUUGAGCAUAGAAUCUAUGAUGUUGUUUUGUUAGUAGGUAUUCAUAACGCUCAUUCUGUGUAUACAUAUAUGAACAGGCGUUGCUCGUUGUAUUUGUUCAGAUGAGAAGAAGCAACUCAGAGCUUUCUUAUAUAUGUGCUUCAUUUUAUCCGACAGAUCUGGUAUGACUUACGCGUGGCUUAUCUGACCUGCGCGCAUCACGUGGAUAACUUUUUUUCGGCCGAACACUUGUCUCAACCAGGCUUAUAGUUAUGAUGACAAGGAUCUAUCUUACUUAUUUUGAUGUUUUGUUUUCUUCCAUGUAUGUACACACCCACAACAAUACUCUUUGCUUAUGAACUGCUAUGUUAGCUCUGUUACAAAUGCCCGAUUGAGAAAUAUGAUAGAAACGAAUAAUUGCCCACCAACGAACUUCUUUCCCUUUAUUAGAUCAACCCAUCUUCUUCUCCUUCUUCUUCCUCAUUCCCACUUCCCCCUGCUGCCACUGCUGCCACUACUGUUACUACUUACUAGAAGUAGUAGCUUUACCCGCCAUCAUACCGCCCCAAAACCUCUGUCUAUUUAGUCCCUUCCUAGUCCCUUUCUCCAUUUGUCGAUCACCAUCCAACGACAAGUUCGAUUUCCCCCCGCUGCCCUCUCUUUCUCUCCAAGAUUCGUCACUACCCAUUUCGUGCUUCGUCUUACUGUUUCCCAUUCCUGGCUUGCGUUGAACCUGUUCGACGAAAUGCCUGAACCACGACGAGGACGAAAUACAGAGCAGGAGAGCAGCUCCAACUCAUUCUCCUCCUCCUCUUCACCUCCGUCUUCCCCAAUGAAACUAUGUCAACGGCAGCAGCAAGAUCAUCACGACGAUGGGGACUCGCCGAAUUCCCCUGCUUCCACGAGCAAGAAGACGAAGCGGAUGCGGGACUGCAGCAAGCACCCGGUGUACAGGGGAGUCCGGAUGCGGAGCUGGGGGAAAUGGGUAUCCGAAAUCAGGGAGCCCCGCAAGAAAUCGAGGAUCUGGCUGGGCACUUUCCCGACCCCUGAAAUGGCGGCGCGCGCACACGACGUGGCGGCGCUCUGCAUCAAGGGGAGCUCCGCGAUUCUCAAUUUCCCCGACCUGGUCAGCUCCCUGCCCCGGCCGGCCUCCGUUGCGCCACGCGACGUUCAGGCGGCGGCCGCUAAAGCUGCCCUGAUGGACCAAUUCGACGGGAAGAGGGUGACGGACGACGAUUCCGGCGCCGCCGCGGCCGUGGCCGCGUCGGCGUCGGCGUCUUCGCUGUCGUCGAUGGAGGAGGAAGAGGAGGAGGGGUUGAGCGAGAUUACUGAGCUGCCGAAUCUAGGCGAUUUCGGGGGCGAGUUAAAGAGCGAGUUCGUGUUCGUUGACUCGGUGAUGGACGGGUGGCUGUACCCGCCGGUGUGGUCGCCGGACGACGGUGGUUGCGGUGGCGGGACGGCGGGUAGGUAUGUUUGCGGCGGUGACGGGAAUGGAUUUGGGGAUGGAUUAUUUUGUAAUUAUUAUUAAAAUAAUUAAUAAUGAUGAUGAUAAUAACACCAAAAAGAAAAAUAGGAGUAAUGGUGUUUUGUUUUGAAUUAAUUUCGCUAUCAAUGGCCUUUUUUUCUUUCUUCCUUUUAUUAAUUAAUUUUCUGAUUUUUGCUGUCUUUUCUUUUGAGGCCUCUCUUUUCCUCUUUUUGUUUGCAUUUUCUGAUAUGAAAGAUCUUUUUAGCCUCUUUUUGUGGUUUUAUUUUAGAAGGGGCUAAAAGGAUGGGGUCAUGUGUUACAUGUGAACGUUGUUGUUAUUUGUAAAUGGUGCCUAAGAUUUGUAAAUAAUGGUGACGUCCUGUGUGUACUUAGAAUUUAAGUUUUAUUGAAGAAUGAUUUCGACGCGUCAACUGAUUUGUUUACUUUUCACUCUCUUUACAUCCAGUUUUUGUGCUAAUAUAGUGAUAUUCGAUUAAACUAAAUGGAUGGUCUAAAUCUUUCAUUUGAUUCGAUUGGUUGGUGUUGACUGCUGAACAAAUUAACUCAUACGAAAUCGGUCAAGUAUGAAUCAGAUUCACUAAACCGAAAUUAAAUUAGUUUGGUUGAUUAUUCAUCAAAAGGAAAUAGUUUGGUUGAUUGAUUGGCUAACUUGCUUGUUUGCACAAUGUAUGAAAUAUUCUAUCAUCCUACUUUAAUCAUUGAUCUUUUGAUUACCCACCAAAGCUAUCAUGAUUAACUACUAAUUUUAUAAUCACCCACCAAAACCAUCAUUAGUAUCCUUGGCAAACCAACAUCAUAUCUAUGUGACUAGUUGCUUUGACUGGUUACAAAAGUCUAUGAUUGAAGCAAAUCAUUUCGGCCAAAUUGGGUAAGGAUAUCCAACAAAUAAAACCAAUCAACCAAAUGGAUCCGAUAAGCUAGCCAAAUUUAUUCGGAGAAUGAAGUUAUCGUGAUGCUCGCAAUCCAUUUAUAAGUGCAUGUGAAUGUGAUUCAAACGAAUUCAUCAAACUCCAAGCCGUCUAGUUUCCUCGCAAUUAAUGUCCGUUCACCUUGUUAUUGUAUAACAAUUUGACGUCACCACAUCCCAUUCACUCUCCUUCACCUUGUUACUGUAUAACGAUUUGAUGUCAUCCGGAUAUAAGGAUAUCGAUCAAGUAAAACCAAUCAACCAAAUGGAUCCGAUAAGCUAGCCAAUUUUAUUUGGGGAAUGAAGUUAUUGUGAUGCU